AUGUCUGGUCAGCAAAGCUUCAAACAAGAACAUCUCCUCACCUGGAACAUCUACAUCCCCACAAUGCAGAGAGGCUUUUUAUUUGUGUUGUUGUUCUUGCCGGGAGGCCAUGGAGGGCUCAUCAUAGAAGACCGCAUUGUCAACGGAGAGGACGCCAAGGGGGCAGAAUGGCCAUGGCAAGUCAGCCUGCAGAACAACGGGGUUCACCACUGCGGCGGGUCCUUACUCACCGAGUCCUGGGUGCUGCUGGUUGCUCACUGCUUUGAGGAUCCCCUGAAUGUGUCACAAUACAAAGUGUACCUUGGGGUGCUUCAGCUGUCCAACCUGAGCAGCCCCAAUAUAGUAGAAAGAGGCGUAAAGAAGGUCAUCAUCCACCCUGACUUUGUAGAAGAAGGAGCCGGUGGGGACAUCGCCCUGAUAGAACUUGACAAACCGGUCUCUUUCACCACCUCUAUCCUUCCCGUCUGCCUUCUGCCUCAGAAUGUCCAUCUUCUAGAGGGAACCCUCUGUUGGGCUACAGGCUGGGGGGACCUCAGCGAAGGAGUAAGACUUCCAACCCCUGAAACCCUUCAGAUGGUGGAGGUGGCCUUGCUUACCAACAACAACUGUGAAGCGAUGUAUCGAGCCCGUUUAGGCUAUGAACAGAAAUACAAAUUGAUUCAGGAAGAUAUGAUCUGUGCUGGCUACAAACAGGGAGGCAAAGACACCUGCCAGGGUGACUCGGGUGGUCCCCUCGUGUGUAAUGUGGAAGGGGCUUGGUUGCAGCUCGGUAUCAUCAGUUGGGGUUUUGGUUGUGCCAGGCCCAGUUUUCCCGGAGUCUACACCAGGGUCCAAUAUUACCAGCCGUGGCUUUUGCAAUAUGUGCCUACCGUCUGCUACAAAGAAGGAAGGAAACCGUCACCUCAAUUCAACGCAACGAAUCCGGAUCCAAGCCAACAUUCUCCAACAAGGAACUUAACUCUGCAAGGACUCAGUGAUGGAAAGACGGAAAACAACUCAACUUUCAAUGCUACUGGAAUAAAAAUGAAUGCGUUGGCUUCAGAUGCUACUUCCUCCCAUGUGUUCUCCAUGAUCGGCGUCAUCCUGAUCCUUCUCACUUUGAUGAUCCCGGCAUAAAAGCUCUUCAACAAUUCUAGCACCGGAAAACCAGGAAUUCCACCUCAAUGGAGACAUCAAAAAAAAAAAACCUGAAGAAGGUUCU